AUGGGAGAUUCUCGCGACAAGUUGAAGCACUUGGUUCCAGGUAAGUUGGUCACUGAACACACUCAGACUUGCAAGCGAGGAGUGCACAAGUGCAGCUUGUGCGCCGUGCAGCAGUCAUGGUCACUUUACAAAAAACCAUGGCUGAGAGUGCUUCUGGUCGAUGGAGAAUCCAAGCUCGGCUGCAGCUUAUGCGCGAAAGCCGGUCUGGAGGGCCCAUGGGCCAACUUUGAACAAACUCCGACUUCCGUGUUGAAGAAACACAACUUGGAGAGGCAUGAGAAGUCCAAGGGACACAUGACAGCAAGCCAAGAUGAUCUUUGCGGAGCCCCUAGCGACGAGGCUUUUAAGUCAAGUUUGCAGGGUAUGACGCAAGGACAAUCUGCGAGACAAGGUGGCGGAUCGUCCGAUAAAAAAACUCAAGUGCGGUAUGCCCUCUCGGAAGCAGUUUGUGCUCGCAACAGGACUUUGCUGGCAGAGUCUCGCUGCAUCUCAUUGAUGAGAGACGAACGCAAAGGAAAUCUUCUUGUGCGCUUCCGCGCUGUUCUACCGGACCUAACCACCAUCAGUGGCGCGCUUGGCUUGCAGCCUGUGACAGGUUCUGCUGAGUCCAUAGCUGAAGCAACUGCUGAAAUCAUGCAGAACUUCUGCCAACCGAUGCGGCAGCCUCCCAGACAAGCCAAGGAAAGCGAGCAGCCGGUCGACUCUGAACUUCUACGGAAGAUUCAGGACAGGGUCACCAUGGUGGCCAGUGACGCUGCUGCAUCCGAACUUUUAGCAGGUGACUUAGAGAGAGGGCGCCGUAGGGCCGCGACCGACUUUCAAUCCAAAUUUACAAAUUGCAAGAUCGUCGGCAGAGAUGCGGCGCAUGCAUCGACCCGUCUCUUGAAGAGACCAUUCCUUGCAUUGGAACCUGUCAAAAGUUUGACAAACGAAUGGAUCCAUGGGUCCGAAAGCUUCGCUCAGAAGGUGCACCACAGCCACAUCCUCAGCCAAUGGUGGGCCAAGGCCGUCCAAUGCAAAGAGGACUCUGACUUGACUGGAAACCUUUGCACCUCCAUGUCUGCGGCGAAGCACAGGUUCUCGUCAUACUUGAAUCCUCUCAGCCGGAUAAUUCGGAAUUUGCAAGCAGCUUUCAAUGUGUGCGGCAGGGUCCAAGCCAUGCGAGGUGCUGAGGCAACUUGGGCAACCAAGCUUUGCCAAAAUUUCAGUUCGUUCAAAGCAGCUUUGCUUGCAAUGAUUACCGACGCUGCAGCUAUCAGCAACGACUACACAAGGGAAUGCGACCGUGAAGACAUUGAUGUUGCUGAUUUGAAUUUACGAGCCAGCCAUUUUGUCCUCUCGGCAAGGUCUCUCUUCGUUGACCGGAAGGUGUUGACACUACCCACUUUCACGAAAGAAUUCUUAGAUAGAAGAAUUCCCGUGACCAUUCUUCAGGAUGGGUUUGCGUUGGACAUCCAAGAAUGGGUGUCUCUCGUGGAGGAAGUCGUCGCGCAUGAGUUUCCGAGUUGGCACUUGGCGGCGGCAUUUCAAGUUUUUCAUUUGUCUGACUGCGUAAGAGGCCGUGACUGCAGUGCGGAUGUUUUACGGAACUUGGAGAGGCUGGCUCAAGUGUAUUCGGUACCUUUUGAGGCACUGAAGCAAGAGUAUGCCCGCUUGCUGCCCAUUGCUGCAGCUUUGAAGAAGCAAGCAGGUUUGAGUAACAGAGAAGCAUGGAGGGAAGCCCUUCAACGGACAAGCAGUCGGAAAGGUGCCCAGGGAAGGAAGUAUGAGGCCACGGCCCUGAUACAAGUCAUGGCAGCUUAUCAAUGUUGGACCGCAGCCACAAGUGGAGUGGAGCAACAAUUCUCGAAGCUCAAGAGAAGUCCUGUGGAACUUUCCAAUGCUUCUGUGGACACAGACCGUCGCCUUGCAAUUGUCAUGGGCGAUGGGCAGGCCAGGAGCCCAGCAGUGCAACCUGAAGUGAUUCAAGCCGCUCGACGAAUCUACGCUUCCCUACUGUCCAGUGGAAGGUCCCGGCCGCGGACAAAACCAAGGUUCGAUUGUGGUGUCACAGGCAAAGUGAAGACCGGAUCUUUUGCCAACUGGAACCGCACAAGAAAGAAAGCAUUGCUGGAAGCAGUGCAAAAAUGCGAAACACCUCCUCGGAAACCUUCCGAGCUGUUGACAGAAUCUUCCCAGAAGGAAAGAAAUUUCCAGAGAAAACAGGGUUUGAAACGAAAGGCUGAGGCUCUGGCAGAUGGCUGUUUGUUGCCGGAUGAGGUCACCCAAGAGGUUCAGGAAGAGGCCUUGCGACUGACCAAAGCAAACCGACAAGGUCUCAGUGGCCCAGCGUGGUGUUGCUCCAAGAUGGAAGGCGGCAAGGCGCAAGCAGACCUGCGGCAAGCCAAGCUCUUCGUGGUCUCAAACUUCGUUAGGGUGCAAAGAAAAGUGCGUUUCAUGGCUGCUCUGAGUGGAUCCGUCUUGAUGUCAGCUUCUGCUUUGCUUGGAGCAGGAGGUGUGAAGUUGACGUUUCACCCGGGUCAGGAGAUACAAGUUGCAAUCUUCGUGACUGACACUUUCAAGGCCGAAGAGCCAGGAAUGACUCUACUGCUACGUGAGGCAUGUGCCCGUGGGUGGCAGGCAGUGAGGGCGGAAGAUUUGAAAGGCCGCGGGCGAAAGCCCAGUCUCCAUCUCAGGGGUGCGGGGGAGGCCAUCCCAGCUGGUUUCAACAAAACCAGGGUGAAGUGUUUUACUGUCACCGAAUUUUUGCGUUGGCUCACGGCAACUUGUCUCAACAAGACGGCAAGCUCCCGUGUGAAGAUAGCAGCGGUCGUGUUGUUCGACGACCUCACUGACCGACUACAAGACAACCCUACAUUUAUCCAGGAACUUGGCCUGGAGCAGCAGGAGGUCGAUCGAAUUCAAAAUGGGCUCAGGAGAAUCACGGAUCGCUCCUUCGACUUCAUGAACAGAUUGGCCCGUGGCCUCGCGCAAGACAUACCCCAGCCGGUGCUUCAGCCUGACAUCACUGAGGGGUCACAAGGAAAGAAGCCUGCGGGCGAUUCAGGAACCGAGGGGGCUAACACAAGUCCGGCCUCUGCAGCUAAGGCUGCGGUGGAGGAACCUUUUACUCUUGAUGAAUCCUGGCGAGUGGCAGAGGCAGCCCACGCGCAUGCACCUGCGGUGUUUGAAAGCGUUUUGCUGCCCAAGCCAGAAACGGAUUCGCAGGAAGUUUCGGUUGAGGUGCUACGCUCGCAACUGGAGCGGGUUAACGCCUUGGCGUCCAACUGGCUCACUCGAUUGGGCAGGCACAAGGCUUCAAAGAAACAGAGAGUGAUUCACACUGCAUCAGACUGUUCGGGCCACGGCUCGGACCUGAUAGCAUACAGGCUUCUGGGGCUGCAAAGCCAAGUGCAGCCCGUCAUGAUGUCAGAGGUCAGCCGACAGAAGGUGUUGUUGCACCAAGCUGUCGCCCAAGAAUGUGGCUGGAACUACGACGACCACCAGGUCAUUGACAUGUUUCUACGGAAAGAAGAAAGCAUGAAAACAGCCGACGUUUACGUCGCUGGCUAUCCGUGCCCGUCGUACUCCAAGUUAGGAAAACGCCAAGGCGUCUCUGACCAGCGGGGUCUUUUGACCCUGAAAGGGUUGGAAUAUGUGGCUUUGUGCAGACCCAAGGUGGUCGUGUUGGAACAAGUCAAAGCCAUACUCGAGAAGAAGCAUUCGCAAAUUUGGAAUUACAUUCUCAAAAUUUUGAACAAGCUCGACUAUGUGUUCGACCACCAAGUCUUGAGUACCCAGGACUUCGCCAUACCGCAAUCGCGCCCCCGAGUCUACAUCCUCGCGGUGGCCAAGGAGAUUUGCGCUGGAACAGUGAAGUUACCGGAGAAGCGGUCAGAGAAGGUUGACUUACACCAUUUCAUCCAAAAGGACAAGACCGGCUCCGAGGUGUUGCAGCUACCGAGGUACGAAGAACUUUUAGGUAGCAAGAUGUGGCGUAAGGGAUAUAUUCUCGACGUAGGAUCUUCGGAAAAAUUUCAAGCAGCGAUGACAAACUGCGCACCGUGCUUGACGCACACGCGCUUGGGACAAGGAGGAUAUUAUAUCCCAAAACUGAGGCGGCGCUUGCUGCUUGAGGAAGCUGGUGCAUUACAAGGAGUUCCAAAGAAGGUUGUCAGAGCCAUGCAAAGGGCAGCUGAGGAACACAAGCUUCCUGCGCGCACAGUGGAUGCAAGCCUUGGCGAUGCAAUGAGCAUCAAUGUCCUGGCAAGUGUGUUGAUGAAAGGCUUGACACACUCUCGCUUAGUUCAAUUCAGUGCACAGGAAGAUCAUUGGAGAUUAGUUGCCAAUGGUCCGGACGCUGCAACGCUGAGUGACCGUUUGUUCGACGGAACAACACUGUCCAAGUUGCUGGCCACUGCAAUGACCGUAGCAGCCUCUGAGAUUCGGAACAUUUCCGCAUGGCGCUUGAAUAAGGCUGAAAUGAACGAGCUCGCUGAAAGGGUUAAGAAAGGAGAGGAAGAAGCGGUGGUGAAGAAGGAGCUUCAGACCAAGAAGGCUGUGGCCUGCGAAGAGCGUAAGAAGUCUGCUGCGGCGAUUUCUGCCAAGCCUGGAUCCACGGGUCCCAAGGCAAGCAAAAAGACUUCGUCGUCGGCUGCAACUCAGUCAGCCACGGCUGCAGCUGCGACUCCAGACCCAACGAAUGCUGGCUACUAUGCUCUGGUAGAGGCGGACCUCCAGACAAUUUUGCAGGAGUUCCCAGGCAUUGACCAGGAAAUGCCUUUGCCGCUCUCCAAGUCUGAGUUGGACGGAUCCAAGACUGGGGUUCAAGAGCCAUUUGACUUGGAGUCGGCUCGGCAUGCACUUGGGAUUCAUAGAGUUUUUCGUUGCAGCAUUUCCUUGUUCUGGGUUCAGAUCCUGGCGUCGCCCACGCCGGGAAUUCCGAUGAGCCGGAGGAGAGUUCUCGACAUGGGAGAGUUUUACUUCCCGAACGGAAAACCAGCUUUCAUGACAGGCCGUAUGGUGGAGCUUCUGGCCGACAAGUCGGCUCUGAGCGCCAAACCCCAGAACCUUCAGAUGCUGUCGCCAGAAGAGAUUGUGCAUUCGCUGGUGGCUUCCUGCGCUCACGCUGUUCGGCGCAAGGAUGAGCUCUCCGAGGAUCAAUGGAAGGAAUGGAAAGCACAGUGGCGUGCUGUGUUGCUGAGCGUGCCGGCUUCUUUUGUGGAGACACAGGACCCUUUGCAAGGCCACAAUGUGUGGGUCGAGGCAUUCAAUCGGAGACAAGCGGUGAAGCAAGAGCAUGAGUCCAUGAGCAGGACAGCAAUGCAGAUUGCUGUGGAAAUUGACCAGUUCAAGACUAUGUGCGAAAGUUUGCCCAGCUGUAAAUCAAAAUUGCAGCCGGCGCAGCUGGUACAGGAGCUUCACACACUUGGCCUGCUGUCCGUGCAGGGCGGCCGCAAGGAGGACGACAGCGAUGGCAAAAUCACCGUCAACUUGGUGACGCAAGCUCUGGCCGUCAAAAAGGGCAUUCUCAGCUCAGCGCGGGCAGUUGAACUUUUGCUGGAGCUGGAACAGUUAUACGGGACGCGUUCUCCCUUCCACCAGAUGAGUCGGCUUCACGUUCUUUCGACCAAGCCAAGCACAAAUCAGAUGCGAGACUGGGUGCUGGAGAGCUUGCAUGAUGGCCUGGCCUACGACGUCUUGCAAAUCGGAGAAAUUUCCAAGGGCAGUCUUUCCGGAGACAAGCACCAUACUGGUCUCGUCUUGGACCACUUCUUCGAAGUGCUGCUUCCGAAGAGCGGUAUGGCAGAGGGUGACAGGGCUUUGCUGAAGGAGAAGCUGUCUGCCCAUGAGGUGUACCGGCAACAUUCAGGCGACGGAGAUUGUACCUGGAUGGCGCGGCUUAAGAAGUCCGGCAUUGACUGCUUUCACUUGCUGGAGGACCUGACUUACACCAAGAAGUAUGACAACGGCCUGCGACAAGCCACGAGGUCCGGGGGAGCUCCAGAGGCAGUUCUGGAGCACGAACAGGUGAAAGAACAGGUGAACCAGUUCCUCGCCACCUUGAAGGACGAAGAAGUUGAAGUAAAAGCUUUGGCUGCAGGGGCAGCCGCAAACGCUGCAGACCCGGACCAUGCAGAGGACGAGCUUCAAGAGGUGCGAAAGCCGCCCAGCCAACACUCUGAAGGGUCUGAGAAAUAUUGGAAGGCGGUUGGCAACCAAACUGUUCGCACUUAUUGCUCUCUCCAUGUGCAGCCUAAGACCUUGGACGGCAUCAUCAGUUUGGUGAGCCAAAGUGGUUUGAAAGACUUCCAAGGAGAGGGAGGUGUCAGCUGCGUUCUGACUCAUCUUGACUUAGACGCGCUGGGAGAAUCCAUGGGCCCAGGUCAGAGACCACUUCUCCGAAAGCGCUUUGUUCCCGACCAGUCCGCCCUCAGAAUCUUGUUGCAUGGUUCGAUGAUUGCAAGAAACGGCCAGCGCAAAGGGGACGAGUGCAUGGUUCCGUCAGAGGGUGAACUGGUUUUCGUGCACUGUGGCAUGGAACGUUCCAGCAAAGAAGCAGAAGCCUUGUUCCGACCGGCUGCGGCCAGAAAGGAUCAAGCCAUCGAAGCGGAAAUGAAAGACGUUCUCCUGAUCUUUUCUGACACCUCCAUUCGGGACCGCAAGCAAAGGGUUCGAGGAGCUUACACCUCCAGGUCCACCGCUUGUCUCUUCUCCGGAGCUCCAGUGUCAACCAUGGUCCCGGAGAAGCCAUACACUGACUUCUCAGGGCACAACUUUGGAGAUGUCUUUGGCACCAUUUCCGCCAUGCAGGCAGCGGACCUUUGGAAAGAAAAGGAGGAGGUGCUCACCACAGGCAGGUGCGUGUCGCCGACUGACGCCGCUAUGAACAAAGCCAAGGAGGCCUCCAGCGAAAGCGUCUUCAGUGCAGCUUUGUUGCCCUGCUCUUUCUACAGAAGUUUUCUCAAAGCCCACUCUGUGAAAGCUGUGUUGGACCUCAGCACUUCUCAGGGAGAGUUGGCAAAGGCCUGUGUGGCCGAGCGUGUCAGCUACCUCGGGCUGACGCUGUCUGACUCACAUUCCACUCAGGUGGAAAUGAUUCUGACCAACUUUGUCGUCACUCUGAUGCAGACAGAGGGCUCCACUUUCUACCGCUCAGAUACCGUGGCCCAAGGAAAGCAGCAAGAGCAGGUCACCAAGGGGAGCAAGCGCAAAAACGAAAAUUCCAAAGAAGAACGCCCCAAGGCCAAGGCCAAGGGGAAGAAAGAGCAGACCAAAGACGACGACAAAGCUACGGCGCCUGACGCAGACUGUGGCUGCGACCCCGCUGCUCGGAGGAGCCCGCUGAGACCAAGUAGGCUGAUGACCACUGAACGUUCUCGUCGUCGUGGCGACCGCCGUGACCGUGGUGAUCGCCAAAAAGACGAGGAGAAACGGGGUCGAAGCCGUGACAGACGGGAAAAAAAGAAAGGCCGUAGCCGAGACAGAGGGCGGCGUAGGGAGACUGACAAGUCUCACGGCAGCAAGCCUCUCCUAGUCCCAGCUGAAACUGCUCCGCCUCCUGCUCCGUCUGCGGACGCUGCAGCUCCUAAGGCGUCGCACGACGACGAAGAAGGUGAGGAGGAGUCGGUUCUUGCUGAGGACCCACCCGUACAGCCACCUGCAAAGCGCGCCGCGCCAGAGUCCCCGACCAGGGAGGCUGCCAAGGCAGCCCGUCCAGGUCCAGCCAAGGCUGAGGCGGUGGCGCGUCGCGAAGGUGACCAGCCGCCUCACCAAGGUGAGACGUCUGAGCGUGACCAAGGUCACAAACCUGAUGAGGAACACAAAUCUCACCAAGCUUGGUGUGAUGACAAGCGUCACCAAGGUGGGAACGACGACAAGACUCGUCGGUAUGACUGCAGCAUCUGCGGCCGCAAAGUCGGAGGUGGAGUUGCCGGCUCGUGGCAACAUCGCCGGUCAGCUCACCAUUUGGCUUCUUAUGUCUACUGGAACAACAAAGAGACCCUUCCCUGGAAGAAUUGUCUCCAGGAAGGGCAACGCUGGAGCAUGCACCUCUGGGCGACGAACCAAACAGGUCCGGAGGAUGACGCAUUGCCCAACAAGCCUAAGAAAAAGCAAAGGUCUCCAGUUCCAGUGAGAUGCGACCCGGAACGUUCCCGCCGUGACAAAGACCACCAAGACCCUGACCCGGACACAGGAUCAGGGUCCUCCGGUAGCAACUUGCUGCUGCAAAUGUGGCAAACCACACUGAAAGAGCUGCGGUAG